UGUUAGCUAAUCAUUCAAUUUUAGCAAGUCUAGGUUAUGUUCUCUGUAUCAUGGAAAGGUUAUGACUGAAACGGCUGUUGUUGUAGAUAAUAUCCUAGCCCAGGAGAAAAGAGAAAAAGGAACUACCGUGGCUCCCUCUUCAGAAGCAACUCUUUUAGGCUUUGGCCAGAACACUUCAGCUGAAUUGCUUUUGUCGUCCAGUAAAAGGAGGUGUAUGCACCCUAAAAUUCAAUCCAAUGGAGAUCUUGUUCUUAACGAGGGGAAUCAGCCAGGGUCUAAUCUGAGCUUUAAUGUCAAUAACUUUGUAUCAGAGGUGAAGAUAACUGUCAGUGAUUAUAUUUCCCAGCAGUAUUUGGUCAGGGGAUCACCAAACUACAAAGUUUUAAAGGAUAAGAUCAGAGAAUACUGUUUGUCAAUGAAACCAACAGGAAUGAAAGAUGAUGCCAGUUGCAGAGUUCUUUACCUCGUAUACAAAUCCCUGCCCGAAUUAAAGAGAACGGACGAAGCUGACUCGAUAAUCCGGAAGAUGAUUGGAAAGCACAUCAGAAACGCCAAAUACCGGGCCAAAUGCAAGCUCAGAGAAUGUAAAAUGACAGAAGCAGAAAAAGGAUCCACGAUUGCCCACAAAAACGACUCCCAGGAAAAAGCGAAUUACCUUCCAGAAGGAUUGCUGAACCCCAACUUACUGGUUAUGCUGCACUCAGAAGCAUACAAGUUGAAAGACCCAUUUAGAAACGAGAUAUUACAGACAUCUGUCCGGGACAGCCAGAACAUACGGUCUAACUUAGCAAACGCAAUUAAAUCCCCAACCCUGUCACCCGGCGAUGAUUACUCUAGAAAGGUGUCCUACGGGGGACACUGCUCUUUAGCUCAUCUCAACAAUAAUGAUGUCAACAACAAUAACAACAUCAACGAACAAUCCGCUUUCAGCAACAUUCUAACUCCUCAGAUAACUGCGUCCAGCUCACUUCAUGUAUCGGAUGCUAUGGUGACCACUGGUUGGGUUACUAAUAGUAAUGGAUUUGGCAACACUGAAAAACCUCCUGUUUACACGGUAGCCAACCGCUCUCCUGGAAUAAACCAUGUGGUUGAAAUAAAACAGGAACCAACGCCCUCUCAAAAUGGAGACAACUUGUUUAGGACAAAUGGCCCUAGAGCAAUGAGUCCUGAUUGUCCACCUGCAAACCCCGAAACUACAAAACCUAGUCUCAUGAUCAAUGCGACUCGGCGCGCGGAACAGAGCCCCAAACAAGCCCUUCCGCCACCACCACCCAGUUUGAAUACACUACCCGAACUUAACGAAGUCUGUGAGCAUCGACUCAAAUUCAUCACAGGGUUGACUUAUGCCUGUUUCAUCUGCAAUGAUUACUUUGAGAGAGUACCUGCGGUAAGGCUGCCUUGCACACAUUGUAAGAAAGUGUUUUCUCAUCGACAUUUACUUUUACAGCACAAUAAUGAGGCGCAUGCUUUUGAGAACGCCACCGGAUGAUAUGAACUUAACUUUUAACUGUUGUAAAAAUUGUCUUUAACAUCAGAACAGUUUGAAUAUUAAAGAUAAAUUUUAUGGAAAUAAUAUUCUGUAGCAGUCUUAUUUAGAGAUCUAGUCAUUAUGAUUUACCGAGGGUUGGUUUUCUACAAGCUAUAUUAGUUUUAUGUUGUGAAAGCUGUCGGAUACUCGGAAGCUGUUAAUUGAAUAAAUAAAUGUAGAUAAUAUGGUAGUGACAGUAUAGAAACAUUUUCGACCAGUCUUCUGCAGAUCUGUUCCGCUGGCCUUAGUCGUAGAAAAUCAAAUAGUAAUGUGGAAGCGGCUUACAGAUCUGUCGUUUGUUAUAUACAAUAUACAUAUUGUGCAGCCCCAAUAUUGUAUGUACCUUUACUUUUUCAAGUUGGAGAGACGCUUUUGUUUUCUCAAUGUGCACCUCUAGGGUAUGAUGGGAUGAUGUAUUAUUAUGAUUUAUAAUCAAGUUUAUGUUGGGUCAAUUUGUGAAUCUUGAGUUCCAUUUCAAAUCCAAAUAUUAUUCAAUGUUUAAGUGUAUUUUACAUUUAUGGAUACGUAUCCUGCAGAAAGAGGAGUUGUUUAUGUUACUUAUU